AGGGGAAUUGGCAUACUCGUAAUGGGACUUACAGGAGCUGGGAAGAGUACAUUUAUCUCCCAGAUCACACAACAAAACAUCGAAAUUGGACAUUCUCUAGAAUCUUGCACAUCCACAGUCUAUGGCUAUCGCUACUUCCACACCAACGGGCAAGAGAUCUGGCUUAUCGACACGCCAGGUUUCGACGAUACAAACAAAGCAAAUGUCCAAAUACUGGGUGACAUUGCGACAUUUUUGUCUAUCUUCUGCAGUGAACACAGGCUGAUCAUUGGGGGCAUGUUUUAUAUCCACAGGAUAACCGACGUACGUAUGUCCAACUCAUCUAUCAAGAGCCUUAGGAUAUUCGAAGCUUUGUGCGGAAGUGCUUGUUUCAAAGAUGUCACGAUCAUCACGACGAUGUGGGACUUGUUGCAAACGCCGGACGCUUUGCAAGCAGCUGAAAGACGGGAAGCUGCUCUGAAGAGUCGAGAUAACUUUUUGGGACGUCUGAUCACAGGCGGCGCACAAUAUGCCCGACACAAGGAUGCGCGCUCAAGCAGCAUUGAAGUCAUCGAAAGUGUUGUCAACCAGCAACGAAAAGUCGUACUCGCGUUGCAAGAGGAAUUGCAGCGGGAUUCGGCAACAACUCUGGUGGAUACAACAGUAGGCAAGUAUCUUGAAGGCGACCUUAGAGAUAUGCGCAAGAAAUAUGAAACAAAAAUCGCUCAACUGGAGGCCUACAACGACACUUUGGUGGACAACGAUGACGACAUGCGCGCA